CGAAUAGUAUAGUGAUCGAGGUAAGCUUCUGCCAUCUCAAACCAUGUCUUAAAACGUCAAAAUUUUUGAGGUGUCUACCGUUAUUUUCUCGAAAGCAUGCUAUCUCGAGCACUGUGGCAGCUGGUAAAGAGAUGUUUAAUACCAGCGGCAGCUGUCGUGGCUGAAGCAAAAGCACAUUCAGAACCUGAGCAUCCAAGACUUUGCAGACCCAGCGAGUUACCUAUUUAUAUCCCCGAACCUAUAUGUAAUGUUAAACACAAGGUUGUAGAGGCACCCGGGAUACUAGAGUCUACCAUAAGAGAUACACGAGAAACUCUCACCAAGUACUCGGACGAAGUUAAAGCAUACCAAAGAGUUACACAGGAGCAUAUUUCCAAGAGCAAGGAAAAUAUUCAGUGGCUGGUUGACUAUCUGCAUGAAGAAGAUAACACUCUGCCAAGAGCAGGUGCUGUGGGCAUUGGCGCAUUGGCAGGUCUGAUAUUUGGCUUAAGAGGGGGGAUCAUCAAGAGAACGCUGUAUGCUACGGCAGGUGCUACUGGAGUUGCAGCUAUUUGUUAUCCUAGCGAGGCAUCAGAGUACUCAAAAGUAGGAAUCACAGAGGCCAAGAAAUAUCUGACUGUAGCGUACAAUUUUGUUUAUGGAGAUGCUCCCGAAACAAAAGCACCACAGGAACAGGUAAUUGCAUCCUCUGAGCCUGAUCCCGAACCUUCCGAUUCCCAAAUCCAAGAUCCUCUCAAAAUCAUCGCAAAGGCCCACGAAGAGUCUGUAGAAAAGCAAUGCCAUUGUCCCAUAGGUGCAUGUCUAGGACGUGAGGAGGUUGCCCAAAACCCGGAAAACCGAACAGAAAAUGUGGCACAUCUUCCAGAUGCUUUGGAUGCGCUUCAAUUUGGCAUGGCCCAAGAUUGAAUUCGAAAUUUUCAAGUGAUACGUAUGCUCUCGAAAACUUUAUUUUUAUACAAGGUCGCACCCCCAUUUGUGACUCUCCUGGUAUAUUUUGGAGAGAACGCUCGCAGAUCUGUAACAUAACCUCAAAAUAGCGCGCUGACACGGAACAGUAGAAAACUAUGAAAAUCAAGGAGGCCAUAAAGGCGUCUUACAAUUUUGUAUUUGAUUUUCAUAGUCGUUCC